AUGGUGAUUGAAAAGGAAGUGCUGAUUUUCGUGUGGUCUUAUUUUGUGGCAAUGUUACCUUGGGUAGGGAAGAGGAGGACAACGUUUAUCCAAACACAAUUGACUGCUAAUCCUUCAUCUCUCACGUUCUAUCCUGGCAAGCCAGUUAUGGAAGUUGGGAGUGCAGACUUUCCUAAUGCUCAUUCAACCAUGAAUUCAACACUAGCGAAGGCCCUAUGUCAUCAAGCUAUCAAGCUGACGGUUCUAAUUGGUUCAUCUGGAGUAGGAAGAACAUUCACAAAAGAGGUGAUACUCUUUCUCUCUACAAAAUUUUACAAUAAGACUCUAAAUGAGAAACCUCUCAUUAUGGCUCUCUCCAACCCAACCUCACAAUCUGAGUGCAUAACUGAAGAAGCUUAUACCUGGAGUCAAGACAUGCAAUUUUUUGCCAGUGGAAGUCCAUUUGACCCUAUAGAAUACAAUGGCAAACUCUAUGUACCCGGUCAAGCAAAUAAUGCAUAUAUUUUCCCUGGAUUUGGUUUGGGUUUGGUCAUCUCUGGUGCAAUUUGUGUACACGAUGAAACACUUCUGGAAGCUUCGGUGGCUUUGGCUGAGCAAGUAACAAAAGUGAACAUUGACAAGGGUUUGAUCUAUCCACCAUUCUCUAAUAUCAGAAAGAUCUCUGCUCACAUUGCUGCUAAUUUAUCUGCUAAAGCAUAUGAACUUGGCUUGAAGUGGGUGGUUCAGAGCCUUCAUUGUCAACAGACACAUCUCUCAGACAGGUCUAAAGAGUUUUGCAUCGGAAGAUUCUUUGAUAUUGAUCCUUGUCCAUAUUUCUUCUUCAAUGGUGGAGUGAAAGUAAGGGCAAGGUUCGAGGGAUCCAUGAAGGGAUGUUGUAGUCUAGAAGAUGAGAAUCGACACGAUUGA